UUCGCUCUCCAUUCAGCACAACACAAAGCUCCAGCAAAAUGUAUUCCAAGCAGAUCAUCCUUGUUCUUGCGCUUGUCGCCGCCGUUAGUGCCCAGUCUCACUACGGACAUCAACAACAGUACCAGCCUCAGAGCUACCACCAUGAGGAAGAGCACCACGGACCAGUGCACUACGAGUAUCACUACGAUGUGCACGAUGAUCACACGGGUGACGUCCAUGGACAGAAGGAGGCCCGCAAGGACGACUCUACCCAGGGCGAGUACUACCUGAUCGAUGCCGAUGGCCACAAGCGUACCGUUACGUACCACGUUGAGGGUAAGAGCGGAUUCAUCGCUGAAGUGCACCGUGAACCGAUCAAGGGAUACCAAGCCCCCCAGCCUCAGCACCAUCACCAGCCACAAUACCAUCAGCAGGCUCCUGCUCAUCAAAAUUAUCAUUACUAGAAUACUUCAUAGUUCCUUUUAAAAUCCUAUCAAAGUUGUUUAAUAAAGGUACAGUUGAACAUAAUAUUUUUAAUUGGUUCAUA